GGCAGGAGCGAGCGUGCUGGGCUGGGCUGCAGGCGCUGAGAGCAGCGCGGCGGCAGCUGCAGGGCCAGAGCCCCGAGCCCCGCGUCCCGGCGCCGGAGGUGUGCACCCGCCGAGCCCACCGCCGCGCCUCGGCGCCCCCAGGCGCCCACGCAUCGGCGCGGGGACCCGGGCGGGGGCAGAGGGAGGGCCCGGCCCUAGGAGGGGAAGGGGCCGGUCCUCCCCGCGCAGGCAGCGGCCGCUGCAGCCCAGGAGGCGGAGGCGGAGGCAGCGGCGGCAGCAGAGGCGGCAACUUGCCCGCCGCAGUCGCCCCACCGCUUCGGACCCGCGUGCGCAGGUCCGCCAGCCGCCACCGCGCCGGGGCGCCCUCUCCACUGCGCGCGGUGCACUUGCCAACCAUUGAGGCCCCGUGUGACGGCCUGUCUGAGAUGCCGGAGAAGGAAUUCGGCGUUGGAUGGGAGGUUGGACAGCCUUAAAGAGUCUUUGGAGCACUUCUCAGCUUCUCCCCCAGAGAGGCCUCGGUGGGUGCUGCUUUGAAAAGUUUUGCGGACAGUGGGCCGGCUCUGGUUGCCAACACCAGUGCUGGUGCUGUGAAGCUAUGGCCCCGAGCGUGAAUUUCCCCAAGACCGGUUCCGUACAAGGAAAUGCUAGAACUCGUGGUCUCACCCAGCCUUCCUGGAAACAGCACCUGCCUGGGUCAGCCGAAGCGUACUGCCGACGCCGAUGUCCGGACUCUGAGUGACGUCGCAGGUGUCACCGCAUCGGCCCUUCCACGAGUGUCCCAGCUCCUGGCGAGACCUUGCCCACGUGUCCCGCCCAGCCAGCCUCCCGCGGCCAUGGCGGCCUACGGCCAGACGCAGUACAGUGCGGGGAUCCAGCAGGCCACCCCCUACGCAGCUUACCCCCCUCCAGCACAAGCCUAUGGGAUACCUUCUUACAGCAUCAAGACAGAAGACAGCUUGAACCAUUCCCCUGGCCAGAGUGGAUUCCUCGGCUACGGCUCCAGCUUCAGCACCCCUCCCACUGGACAGAGCCCGUACACCUACCAGAUGCACGGCACGGCGGGGAUCUAUCAAGGAGCGAACGGGCUGACCGGCGCGGCUGGGUUCGGAAGUGUGCACCAGGACUACCCUUCCUACGCUGGCUUCCCUCAGAGCCAGUACCCCCAGUACUACAGCCCCUCCUACAGCCCCCCGUACGUCCCGGCCAGCAGCAUCUGCCCGUCCCCCAUCUCCACGUCCACCUACGUCCUCCAGGACACGUCGCACAACGUCCCCAACCAGAGUUCUGAGCCGCUUGCGGGUGAAUAUAACGCACACAACGGACCUUCCACGCCAGCCAAAGAGGGAGAGACGGACAGGCCGCUCCGGGCCUCUGAUGGGAAGCUCCGAGGCCGGUCUAAGCGGAGCAGUGACCCCUCCCCAGCAGGGGACAACGAGAUCGAGCGUGUGUUCGUGUGGGACUUGGAUGAGACAAUAAUUAUUUUUCACUCCUUACUCACGGGGACUUUUGCAUCCAGAUACGGGAAGGACACCACGACGUCCGUGCGCAUCGGCCUGAUGAUGGAAGAGAUGAUCUUCAACCUUGCAGACACCCAUCUGUUCUUCAAUGACCUGGAGGACUGUGACCAGAUCCACGUCGACGACGUCUCAUCCGAUGACAAUGGCCAAGAUUUAAGCACGUACAACUUCUCCACCGACGGCUUCCACAGUGCGGCCCCAGGAGCCAACCUGUGCCUGGGCCCCGGCGUGCACGGCGGUGUGGACUGGAUGAGGAAGCUGGCCUUCCGCUACCGGCGCGUCAAGGAGAUGUACAACACCUACAAGAACAACGUGGGCGGCUUGAUAGGCGCUCCCAAAAGGGAGACCUGGCUGCAGCUCAGGGCCGAGCUGGAAGCCCUGACCGACCUCUGGCUGACCCACUCCCUGAAGGCACUGAACCUCAUCAAUUCCCGACCCAACUGCGUCAACGUGCUGGUCACCACCACUCAGCUCAUUCCCGCGCUGGCCAAAGUGCUGCUGUACGGCCUGGGCUCCGUGUUUCCCAUCGAGAACAUCUACAGCGCAACCAAGACAGGGAAGGAGAGCUGCUUCGAGCGGAUAAUGCAGAGGUUCGGCAGGAAGGCCGUCUACAUCGUGAUUGGCGACGGGGUCGAAGAGGAGCAGGGAGCGAAAAAAGCACAACAUGCCCUUCUGGCGGAUAUCCUGCCACGCGGACCUGGAGGCGCUGAGGCACGCCCUGGAGCUGGAGUAUUUAUAGCAGAACCCACGGAGUCACCGCCCGCCCUCCAAGUCCAGACGCGGGUCCUGGGAAGCAGAGUGCCCGGCCGUGGCUGCGGAACAUUUAACCUCGGGGACAAGGGCUGCCGCGGAGUCCAGACUUUUUCUAGGAGUCUCGCGGGACAAACGCGAGGAAGUGCUGACCUGGGGGAGGGCUGGUGAUGAGGAGGGGACAGGCUCGGGUUUUUUUUUUUUUCUCUUCUUCUUAAUUUAUGGACUAACCCCAUUACUCCGGUAUUACGCUCUCGCUCCUGUGUUGCUGGUUUUCUCAGUCCUUGGUCUGGUUUCGUUUCUAAAUGGCGUGUGGGGCGGUGCGCAGUUCCGGCCGCAGCUCUCGGCUCCAGGCUGUGCUUCGGGGGGACGAUCGUCUCUGAGCAAUCGGCGAGGGGGGUGACUCGGGGCGGUGGGAAGACUCUCGCUUAUUUUUGUGUUUAAGAACCUGACCUGACGUCAUGUGGGCAAGUGCACGUGCCUUAUGCUGCCAUCUUGUUUUUUAGGAUGAGGGGGUCCUGGGGAGGAGACGGUACUUUGUGACGGAGAAAAGGCAUUAAAUAAAACCUCGUUUACAUUUGGAA